UUCUAUGUAUACUUUCAACUUGUCGACAUACCUGAAGUUCCGGAAAGCGGCUUUUCUAGCUGAUAAUGUGGAAGGAUGGACAGUGGUAAUGGGAAAUGGAGCGGGUGAUCUCGAUUCUCUCGCUAGUGCACUCGGAUAUGCCUGGUUGCGCUGCAACACGCGCGGAAAGGCGAUCGCAUACAUAACUACACCUAGGGAGGAUUUUGUCCUUAGAGCAGAGAAUUUGCACGCCCUUGGUCUCGCUGGCAUCGACCACCCUUUUGAAGAACUUUAUUGCUCUGGUGAUCUCGAACCGGCCGGAAGUUGCUCGUCCCUUGGUAUCAAAUUGAAUCAAUCGUCUUCCAACCUUUUCAUACCCCCAGAAAUGUCCACGCUCUUGCUAAGUGCUAUUUUAAUCGAUACUCAAGGUCUGAAAGAGGGAGGCAAGGCUCUGGAUGUUGACAAGGAGGCGGUUGCGGUUUUAAUUCCCAAUUCCCUUCUGGCACACAAGGAAAAGAUUUCAUUAUAUAACCAAACAAUCAUCCACCUCCCUUCCGUCCAGUCUCUGUCAGCGACGUUAGGAGAGAAGAAACUCUCUGUAUCCCAUCUCAGCACGCGGGACUUGCUGCGGAGAGACUACAAAGAGUACGCAUUCAGCAUGCCUGCAUCCGAUAAUGCGACCCAAUCUUUCAAUAUGAUGAGAGUGGGUCUUACCACCGUUCCACGUCGGCUCUCCGUAUUCUUCAUAUCAUCAAGUUAUCCUAUAAAAGAAAUUCAAGAUUGGCUCGACGAAAGAGAUCUUAGCGUUCUCGGGAUACUCACUACUUUUCGGAGCACGAGAGGCAAGGGAAGGCGGGAGCAACUUUGGAUAGUCAACGCAGAUGAAGGCAUCGCAGAGAAACUUUUGCAAGGUCUCGAAUCAAAUGAAGAGCUUAAACUGAAAGGCUUGAUUUCACAAAAAGUGAUGGCCGAUGAAGCGCGAUUCGGGGAUUCAUUUGUUGCGAGGGCGUACAAGCAGGAUAACGCGAGGGCGACAAGGAAGCAGACUGCCCCCAUUCUCCGGAGACUUAUGGAAGGGCUAUGAACUCACGAGGUGAUUGUUUGACACAGUUUGAAAUUCUGUCAUACCUGAUAUAUCCGAUGCAUAUGUAUGAAGACACGCAAUGAACUCAUGCAAAGUUAACGAUCACUGUCAAAUUAUCCUUGCGUUUCUCCAUAAGCAAUUAGAACCUUUGCCCCCUCGUU